AUGGAAAUUGUUCCAGAGUUCGGAUCUUUGCUAGGAAAGAGUACCUUUUUCCAUGGUGGCCAGACAAACUCGGGAAGCAACACAGAUCAAGAAGCAUCUCCUGCUGGGCAGGAGCUGACUGCGGCAUUGGACGGUGAUGACGGGGCUAGAAUUGGGACUUUUGUUACGAGCAAAGGUAAAGUUGUAAAACUGAGGAAGAAAGAACGAGGUAAAGUGCCAAGAGUUGCACAGUAUCAGCUGCUGGGAUUGGGAUCUGACGAUAAAAUGACGACUUGGAAGGGAGAAGAAUCCUACGGUAUCAAUAUUAACGUUCUUAUGGAUAGAGUUACAAAUCAGCCGUCUAAAUCGGAUGUCGAUUCUCAGCAUAGAGAUGAGAAGCCUCUGCCGAAGGAUGGGGAUAAACUUUGGGUCGACAAGUGGAGCCCGAAAAAGUUCGUGGACCUGGUUGGUAACGAGAAGACUAAUAGAAGGGUAUUAGGUUGGAUCAGGCAAUGGUCUCCGUGCGUCUUCAAUGAGCAAUUGCCUGAAAGGAGUAUGGGGAGGCCAGAACAAGAUGUGGCCGAUCCUUUAUCGCGACCAGCGAAGAAGAUUCUUCUGAUUCAUGGACCGCCCGGUAUUGGUAAGACCUCUGUGGCCCAUGUGGCGGCAAAGCAGGCUGGUUACUCUGUGGCUGAGAUCAACGCGAGCGAUGAGAGGGCUGGAACACUAGUGCGCGAUAAACUUCACAACACCCUUUUCAACAACACCUUUAAUGAUAAGCCUGUAUGCCUUAUAGCUGACGAGAUCGAUGGCAGUAUUGAAAGUGGGUUUAUCAGGGCUCUUUUAGACAUAAUCAAUAAGGAUGCACAAGCUACACAGAAACAGCUUUUGGGCUCCAAUUUCACAGUCAAAAGAAAAAAAAAGAAGGCCAGACUUCUGCUGAGGCCCAUCAUCGCCGUUUGCAAUAAUUUAUAUGCUCCUGCUCUUGAAAAGCUGAAACCUCACUGCGAAAUUGUCGCUGUGAAGAGGCCUUCUGACAGUUCUCUCCAGGAGCGUUUGGAAGAGAUUUGUAGAGCAGAAGGCGUAAAAGUUUCAGUUGAGGCUUUGAAAGACCUGAUGCAUAUAGCCCAGGGAGACGUCAGAAAUUGUGUCAACAGCUUACAGUUUCUGGCUACCAAUAAGAAUUUCUGCGCGGGAGAAUUCAGUGAUAACCCACUAAAUUCUAUUUCGAAAGAUUUCUCGCAUUCAUGGUUUAGAAUUUGCAAUCAAAUUUUUAGGCGAGACCCUCACAAAGAGCUGCAACAUCAGCUUCGGGAGAAGAUGCAACUCGUGGAGCUGAACGGGAACUUUGAAAAAAUUCUACAGGGUUGCCAUUCUUUGUACCCUCAUGUCAAGUACUCAGAUAAUGGAGUAGAAAAACCAGCAAUUAUUGCUGACUGGUUGUUCUACCAUGAUCUGAUGUUCAAAUCUCUAUUUGAGCAUAAUGGCGAAUUACUUCGCUAUUCUUCAGUGGUACCGCUUGCUUUUUUCAAUUUGUUCGGUGAUGUUGCGAAUAGAGAGGAUCUUCGAAUUGAAAACUCGGAAUAUGAAUUGAGAGAGACCCGGAAAAGCAAUCAGGAUAUUCUGAAACUUAUGAUGCACAAAAUUUCGCUGAGAACUCCUUCCCUGGUACCGUUCUUGAGCUUCGAGUCUCUUGUCCUCGAAGUUUUACCAAGCUUAGACCGCUUGAUCUCCUCUGAUGUGAGCAAAUGCAGAGAUGCGAAGGUAAAACAAGCUGUGUAUGAUAACCUGAUUGAUAUCCUAAGAUUCUUCGAGUUAGAGUUAACUGAAAGGUUUCACGAGAACUACGGCUCCAAGAAAAUUCUAUUCAUCGAGCCGCCAAUUACGGAAAUCGUCCUGAUGGAUGCACAGCGACGAAAGGAAGUCAUCUCCAAGAGGCCUGCUUUGCUAGACGUAUUACUAGCCAAAGUAGAAGAAAAUAAUGCCAGAAAAAAGCAUAUCACGAAAAUUAACGAGGAUAAAGCUCGUAACGAGGAGAUCAAGAACAAUGCCAUCAAAGCUCGCAAGAGUGGACUCAGCAUGGCAGAUUUCUUCAAAAGUCAGUAUAAAGUCGAAGAAGGGGAUCGCUGUGAUGUGAGUAAUAAAACAGGAUUGGCAGGUUCAAACAGCGAUAAAAAUUUCCGUAUUUGGGUCAGAUACAAGGAAGGCUUCUCGGACGCUGUUAGAAAGAACGUGUCCUGGCAUGACCUUUGGAGCUGA